AUUAAAAGUCACUGAAACAGCACUUGCUUGGAAUAACUCGUGAGAUAUUUUCCCUUCAGGGAAGAUGUCUAUCGAGAGCAUGUGGAUUUUAGCGCUUGUUUUGAUUGUAACUAUCACGGAGGUCUACACCCGACAGAAUAUCUCAGACUUCGAGACAAGUCAUCUUCUUCAAGUGGAGAAAGGGCAAUAUGUGGAAAUAAGAUUUAGCAUCUGGAAGCCCUACCGGUUGCCUGGAGUACCUUGUGCUGAUGAGGAGUAUCUUGAGAUCCUUGAUGGUUAUAAUCAGUCUGCCAAUCUACUGGGUGUAUUUUGUGGAAGGAUCACUCCUUAUUUUACCCUGCGAUCCAGUGGACAUAAUAUGUGGUUAAGAUUUUCACCUCAGCAUAGAUACCGGUUUCGGAAUUCAAGCUAUGAGGGAAAAGCAAUAAAUGGAACAGUUCUCGCAAACCUAACUGGCGUAGCACAAACUCAGUUCGUCCUGCUCGACCAUUCUUCAUCAUUGUGGUGCCCGGCGGAAGGUGGACCAGCUCCGCACAUUGUUUGGAGAAUAAAUGGCACUGUUGUGCAAAACAGCACUAGUGUAAGAUACCGACUGAACAUCACUGAAGAAGAAAGAAUUGCAAACUACAGUUGUGAAGUGGACAGUAAUGGUCUGUUGAAGAGGAAAAACAUCACUCUUAUUGUCGAGAGCUGCCCUGAACCUUGUCAAUGCAUAGUUCUGAAAGGUAACAUGGAGGGCCUCCUAUCUGUCGAUUGUGAAGGGAAACAGCUAAAAUUAAUUCCACAGAACAUUCCAAGAGCUACAGGAAAACUGAACUUGUCCAAAAACAAUUUAAAGAACUUAUUAACGGGGAUUUUCAGCAACAACCGCAAGCUGCGAUACCUAGAUUUGUCCGAAAAUAAGUUGGAGACACUACCGCCAGAAAUAUUUUAUCAUUUGUGGAGGCUCAGAGGCCUGCAAGUAUUCUUCUUGAUACAUGUGUCAUUCUAUAUUUGAAAAUCUAAAUUGAAAACUUUCUAGAAUAACGUGCGUCUUUUAACUGUUGAACUCUUUUUAGGGAAACAAACCUCAGUCAAAAAAAAUACCUGAACUAAAGCCUAGUACUGCGCUAUUGAGAAAACUAUUAAAAUGUUGUUCCUUGCUAAAUAGUUGCGUCGCAAAAUAACCCUAAAAUAGUCCCAUGAAGCCAUCUAAUACUUGUAAAAAAGGGAGCAUAUUACACUUCCUUCUCCGAAAGUGAGUCGGCCGUUUCAAAAGCAGGAAAGCAGGGAUAAAAAUAGAAAAAAUCAACCGCGUAGAAAAGAAAAGAA